UCCACGUCGCAUCCGAUUAGUUUGGCUCGCCAACUCAAGUUGUCCGAGGUGGCACCGUAUAAUUUCUCUCGCCUACGAAUUACGAAUUUGCUUCCUCUCCUUUCCCUUUUUCCCGUCUCUCUCCUUUUCUAUCAUUUCUCCGGCUCUCCAUCUCUCUUCUUCGAUCUCUCUCUUGCUAAAGUCUACAAUUUCUUCUGCUGCCAUCGCCGGGGCGCCAUUCGAAUUGCCGUCAGUUAUCCGGAUCCGCGGUCUUGUUCGAUUGAUCAAUUGCAGGAACCGGAAACUUGAAGCUUGCUGUCGGGCGGUGUUGACGAAAAAUAUAAAAAGCUAGGGUUUCGAUGCCACUGCGGAAAUGGUUGGGCCCUCGGUUCGUCCCUUGGAUUAGGGUUUAGGUAAGUGGAGUGGUAGCGCUGGGUGUUUUCAUAAAGGGCCGGGUUAUUGAUGGUACUCGAAGGUGAAAAUGCAAGGCUAUGCAUGGACGGGAAGGUGAGGAGAGGAAAAGGGCUCGGCACAUGUGGACAGAUCCCGCCCCUGCCAAUUCGGUUGUAGCGGGUGAUGUUUCUUUGUCUUCUCCGAUUCCUAAUUCGUUUUACAAGGACGGGCGAAAAAUCUGUGUUGGGGACUGUGCUCUGUUCAAACCAUCAGAGGAGUCGCCUCCUUUCAUUGGAAUAAUCCGUUGUGUCAAAACCAAUAAAGAUAAUAACCCAACUUUAGGUGUGAAUUGGCUUUAUCGACCUUCUGAAAUAAAGCUUGGCAAAAGCAUCCUAUUGGACGCUGCGCCAAACGAAAUAUUUUACUCCUUUCACAAGGAUGAAAUAUCUGCCGCAUCGCUACUCCAUCCGUGUAAAAUUUCCUUCCUUCCUAAAGGUGCCGAGCUUGCAUCGGGGAUUUCUUCAUUUGUUUGCCGUCGUGUUUACGACAUUCGAAACAAGUGCUUAUGGUGGUUAACUGAUCAAGAUUAUAUUGAUGAACAUCAAGAAGAAGUAGAUCAACUAUUGUAUAAGACACGCUUAGAAAUGCAUGCAACAGUACAGUCCGGAGGGCAUUCGCCAAAGCCAAUGAAUGGUCCAAAUGCAACAUCACAGUCAAAACCUGGUUCAGAUAGCGUGCAGAAUAGUGGUUCAUCCUUUCCUUCUCAAGUUAAGGGAAGGAAAAGGGAGCGGGGAGAGCGUGGAGAUCCAGGGCUAGAGCCUCUCAAACGAGAUCGUUCUGCAAAACUGGAUGAUGGGGAUUCUGCUAACUCAAGAGCGGAGAACCCCUGGAAAUCAGAGAUUAGUAAAUUGAAGGAUAAAGGUGGUCUUGUGGAUUUUGAUGCUGUUGAGAAAUUGGUGCAACUUAUGCUACCUGAUAGAAAUGAGAAGAAGAUAGAUUUGGUUGGCCGGUCUGUUAUGGCUGGUGUAGUAGCAGCAACAGAUAAGUUUGAUUGCCUUAAUUGGUUUGUUCAGCUGAGAGGGUUACCAGUAUUUGAUGAGUGGAUACAGGAGGCCCAUAAAGGAAAGAUUGGUGAUGGUAAUACUCCCAAGGACGGUGACAAAUCAGUAGAAGAGUUUCUCUCUGUCUUACUUCGUGCUCUUGAAAAACUCCCUGUGGAUCUCCAUGCUUUACAAACAUGUAACAUUGGAAAGUCUGUCAAUCAACUCCGUUCCCACAAGAACACAGAAAUUCAGAAGAAGGCAAAGAGUUUAGUCGACACUUGGAAAAAACGUGUGGAGGCUGAAAUGGAUGCAAAAUCUGGGUCAAACCAGGGUGUCACUUGGGCUACCAGAUCGCGUCUUCCGGAUGCUUCCCAUGGUGGGAGCAGACAUACUGGUGUGGUCUCUGAGGUGGCAUUGAAGAGCUCUACUAAUCAACUUUCUUGUUUGAAAGUGUUACCGGCUAAGCUUGCCCCUGGAGAGGCUAUUCCUAGGUCAGCAUCUGGAUCUCCGGGGUCCAGUAAAUUAACCCCAGUUCACGUGCCUGGGGUUGGUAUUGUUAAAGACGGACAGGCUAGAUAUGGUGGCAGUGGUGGUGGGUCUGAUGCUUCUCCAACUAUGGCUAGAGAUGAGAAAAGCAGCAGUUCUAGCCAGUCGCACAAUAAUAGUCAAACUGUUUCUGGUGACCAAACAAAUAAUGUUGGAUUUUCUGGGAAGGAGGACACAAGGAGCUCUGGUUCUAUGACCCCAACUAGGGUUGCUACUGGUUCUUCACGGCAUCGUAAGUCGAGCAAUGGCUUUCUGAGCCAAGCUGGGUCUGUGGCUCAGCGGGAAACUGGGACAUGUAGAAGUUCUCCAUUGCAAAAAAAUCCUGGUGCAGAAAAAUUCUCGCAAACAUGUUUGGUAAGUGAUAAGGUAACUGAUCUUCCAACAGCCGAGGCCAACAACCACAGAAUUGUCGUUAAGUUUCCUAACAGAGGGCGCAGUCCUGCCCAAAGUGCUAGUGGUGGAUCGUUCGAAGAUCCUUCAGCCGUGCAUAAUAGAUCUUGUUCUCCUACUCUUUCUGAAAAGCAGGACCAGCUUGAUUGCAAUUUGAAAGAUAAGAACGAUGCUUGCCAUGUUAAUGUCGGCUCAGAUGUCCAUACCGAGUCAUGGCAGAGCAAUGAUUUCAAAGAUGUGCUGACUGGGUCAGAUGAAGGAGAUGGUUCUCCUACAACCGCUCCGGAUGAUGAAAACAGUAGAGCAGGUGAAGAUACUAAGAAACUGUCAGAAGUCUCCAAAUCCAUAUCAUUGCCGUCUAGCAAUGAAAACAAGUCUGGAAAGUUACAUGAUGGUUCAUUUAGCUCCAUGAAUGCUUUGAUUGAAAGUUGUGUCAAGUACUCUGAUGCUAGUGCAUCGACGUCAGGAGCUGAUGAUGUUGGAAUGAACCUGCUUGCUAGUGUUGCUGCAGGGGUGACGUCUAAACCUGAUGCGGCUCCACAGUUUUAUCCACUUGCUGAUUCUAUGUUGCAGCCACGUCCAGCUGAUACUGCUACUCGUCAGUCAGGCGAUAAUGUGGGUGUUAUAACUGACAAGAAAGACAGUGGUGCUAAUACAUUAGAGACUAAGACAGAGCGUCCUCAAGAGAAAGCUCCUGAUGGGCCUGAGAAAGAUCCAACCUCCUGUGUUUUGGAGGCCGAACAAACUCGAGAGACGGGCAAGGAAAAGAAAGAUAAAGCUACUGGAGCCUUAAGGGGACCUUUUGUUGGUGUGCCUGCUGUGAACGGCAUAGAAAAGAAAUUGGGCGAUGGAGGCAAACAGCCAUGGAAGCUAGAUGCCAGUUGUAAAGUCGAAACAGAAGCAACAUCUGAUGGUAAAGAAAGAUCACUUGGCUCCUUUUCUGUGGAUACUAAGCUCAAUGUUACUGCCAUAGAAGUUAAGACUGGUGGAGUCCGAAGUCUGUCUCCACAUUCCGCCGUUGAUGCUGAGGGGAAGAACAAAAAAAAUAGUAAUGAGCUGUGGAACUUUGGUGUACAGGCAGAUCAGAAGCCACCUGCAGUAAUGCAUUCUGAUUCUGGUAAGAGAACUAAUAUUCAGGUGCUAAAUCCUUCUGUUGGCACACAGGAAAUGGUGACCACCAAAUGUCCCGAGGAAGUGAAAAAAGGAGAGGUUAAUGAUAUUACAGGCCGAAAUCCUUCCCCUGAAAAGCCAAAAACUGAUCAGCUCUGUAAAAUGGAUGAGGUUCAGGUGAAAACUGAAAUUCAUGGGGCUAAUGACCAGGAAAGUGGUUCUCAGGAUGAAUCUGGUGUACAAUUAGAUCGGAGAACGGGAUGUAGAGGAUCCAGGGAGAAAGGUGCUGAAGUUGAUGACGCAGAGGAAAGCUGUUCAGCUGCAGCAGAUGCUUCGUUAGCUGUUACUGGCAGCCAAGAAAAUGAAGCAAAAAUGGUAUUUGAUCUAAACGAGGGACUUAACGGCGAUGAUGCGAAGUACAUUGAGCCAUCCAUUGUAAAAGUUGCUAGAACUUCUUCUGCUUCUAUUCCACUGAUUAGUCCAUUACCUUUGCAAGCUUCUCACUCCAGUAGUCUCCCUGCUUCAAUUACCGUGGCUGCUGCUGCUAAAGGUCCUUUUGUUCCACCAGAGGAUUUACUGAAGAAUAGAGGGGAACUUGGUUGGAGAGGAUCGGCUGCAACUAGUGCUUUUCGACCUGCUGAACCAAGAAAAACUGUUGAUAUUUAUGUACCUGGGGCAACACCCAAUGGCCCUUCUCCUGAUACUUCUUCGUCUGCUAAACCCAGCCGUCCUCUCUUUGAUUUUGACCUAAAUGUGGCUGAUGAAAUGGUACUUGAAGAUUUGGCUUCACGAGUUUCUGAUCAGGCUACCAGCUCUGUCCCUGACCUUGCAAGUAAUCAUCAUGUUGUGGCAAGUGAUGAACCGGUGGUGGCUUCAGUAUCUGUUCGAAGUUCUGGGGGACUUGAUCUUGACUUGAAUAAAAUGGACGAUGAUGAUGAUGUUGUCGGCAAUAAUCACUUGCCUAGCAAUGGGUGUAGGCUGGACAUUCAUUUCCACACAACAUUCAAAAUAUCAUCAGCAGCAGGUCUUCUCAAUGCUGCUGAUGCAGGCACCCGGCGAGACUUCGACUUGAAUGAUGGACCUCUUGCAGAGGAGGUAGGGAUUGUUGAGCCAUCAUCUUCAUUUGUCCAGCAAAUAAGGAAUAACAGCAUUGUAUCUCAGUCAGCAAUUCCUGCCCUUCGAGUCAACAAUAAAGAACUGGGUAAUUUUGCCUCUUGGUUUCCUCCUCAAGGGAACUAUCCAGGUGUAGCAACAAUUCAGCCAAUGUUGGCUGAUAGAGGAGGGGAACAACAGCCAUUCUCGAUAGUUGCACCUCAAAGAAUGGUACCUGCUGCCACUGUCAGCAAUACAUUUAGUCCUCCAGAUGUCUACAGAAGAGGACCAGUGUUGUCAUCUUCUCCUGCUGUGCCCUUUCCAUCUGCUCCAUUUCAGUACCCAGUUUUCAAUUUUGGAAACAACUUCCCUCUACCAUCAGCUGCAUUUUCGGGUGGUGCUACAGCAUAUGUCGACUCAGCAUCAGGUGGAAGACUUUGUUUUCCUGCUGUGCAUUCGCAGGUGUUGGCUCCUGGUGGUGGUGGGGUUCUUCCAUCACCCUAUCAUCCAAGGCCUGCUUAUGUUGUUAGCAUCCCAGAUGCAAGUAGUAGUAUGUCCAGUGAAAGCAGCAGUAGGAAGUGGGGAGGAAGGCAGGGACUAGACUUAAAUGCAGGGCCUUUGGGUGGUCUUGAUACUGCAGAAGGGAGAGAUGAAACACCAUCGUCAUCACUUGCUGCCUCAAGGCAACAGCAGCUGUCGCUGAACUCUAAUCAAACACUCGUUGAGGAGCAGCAAUCUAGAAUGUACCACCAGGUGUCAGGUGGCGGCAUUCUGAAAAGGAAGGAACCAGAUGGCGGAUGGGAUGGCUACAAGCACCAUCCAUCAUGGCAAUAGUGACAGCAGGGGUUGCUAGAGAAGUCAGUGAGGCUCCUGUUAUUUGGGCCAGCCGGGUUCGAGAGAUCACCCCUUUAAACUUGGAAUCUCGAAGAAAGAAGAUGGUGAGCCUUGUGGUGAGUCUCCAACUCCAAUCCUGCUGCUCCUGUGCCAAUUGUUUGUUAUAAAGGAGUAUCUCUUCUGCCAAUUGUUUGUUAUAUCUCUCUUCCUCCUGAGGUUUCUGGGCUGUUAGUUUGGAAUUUGUAGUGGGCAGCUGCAUUUCCUCCCCUUGUAGAUAUUUUUCUAACUUGCUGGAAGCUUUCUUCUCAGUCUGUGCAUGCUGCCGCCCGGGCAUUCCAAACGGCGCAACGGUGCUAAUCUAUUAUCCCGGGAUUACAUAUUCCAAAUAUUGAACAACUUAUAAUAAGGUGCGGAAGAGUUACUACGAGAUUAGAAAGCCAACCACAUUAUAGCACAUAUUGCUGUGGGCACAGUGCUAAUAAAUUAGUGUACAAACUGGACAAGCAAAUGCAGUAUCUUUUUAUACGAAAACAUACAGCUAGAUGUAAGAAGUAAACAUAAGACUGCAUCGAAUGGAGGUUUUGUGGAGGAAAAUAGUGAAUACAUCAAGGACGGAAUUGUUGAUAGUUCGGCUGUAGGAGUAAUUUGAAUAUUGAGUAACAAAAAGCAAGUUGGAACAA